UAAAGGCAAUGUCCUAGUGGUAUAAAACAGGUGGUGUCCAGCACUCAUGGUCAUUCGGUCGUGGACGACUGUGGAACUGUGAUACUUGUGACUUACGGAAUUAUUACAUCAUGAAAACCUUCGCAAUUUGCCUACUAGCCUUCGCAGCCGUGGUGUCUGCGUACCCGCAGGCCAAGUACACCGACCGCUAUGACAGCAUCAACUUGGACGAGAUCGUAGGGAACAGAAGACUGCUGGUGCCGUACAUCAAGUGUAUCCUGGACCAGGGCAAGUGCUCGCCGGAGGGCAAGGAGCUUAAAUCUCACAUCAAAGAAGCCCUCGAGAACUAUUGCGCCAAGUGUACUGAGACGCAACGCGACGGAACGCGCAAAGUCAUCGGGCACCUCAUCAACAACGAGUCUGAGUACUGGAACCAGCUGACCGCCAAGUACGACCCGCAGCGCAAGUACGUCGUCAAGUACGAGAAGGAACUCCGGACUGUCAGCUAGGCUAGGAAAUCUGUGAUAAUUGUGAGAUGUAAGACUUGAAAAUGAAAUGAAUAAGUUAUUUUCGAA